AUGAGUCCAGAUUCACAGCUGGAUGCCUUAACGGAUGUUGUUGCUAAUAAAGUGUACAUCAUCGGAGGCCUUGUGGAUGAAACUGGUGUUGGCUCACUGUCACGACAUCAAGCCGAAGCGUUAAGUGUAGAUGUGCGACGAUUACCAGUACAAGAGUUCCUCCAACGUCAGCAGAAGGGAACAUUUAACACGAUGCUAGCAGUUAAUCAAGUUGUUGAAAUCCUCGUACGUUAUGUUAUCACCAGAAAUUGGCUUGAAGCGCUUUCAGUCGUUCCCAAAAGAACUGGCUAUGAAGCCCCGAAGUGUCACAGUGGUCGGUGA